UCCUGCGCUUUUACUUUCACUGCUGUAGAUCAGAGCAGAUCCUCUUCGCCGGCGCUCCCAGUGCUCCCAGUGCUCCCAGUCUGAGCGCAGAUCCCGUAACUGGGAGAUGAGUGACGUGUUCCUCAGCCCGCUCACGCUGAUCGGCGUGGGCGCGAGCUUCGCUUUCUCCACCGUCUUCUACCAGAAUUACCAGCAGAAGAUACUGGAGAUCCACCAGCUGAAGGAGAUCCCGAGCUUCCAGGUGGGUGAGCACCUGCAGAAGAUACUCAACGCCUCUCCAGAGAAAAGACUGCAUUAUGUAGCUGUAGAAGGUGUGGUGCAGCCGGUCGGUGAGCCGUUGGUCAGUCAGUUCGUGCCGCGGUGUUACGGGGUUGUACAGAAGGUCACCACCCAGGAGCACUGGAAAGUUCUCAACUAUUUAGGAUCAUGGGUCUCCAAAACCAUGAACGGCAAGGAGUCGAGCAGGACGGUCCCGUUCCAGCUGGUGCAGCAGGGCUCCUACUUGGACAGGGUGAUGGUGAAGGUGGAGUCUCCGCUGGAGGCCAAAGGGGAUUACCUGGAGCAGGUGCACAGGCGUUUCCGGAAGGCUGAGGACGGGCUGCUGGAGACAGUGGUUCAGACGGUGAGUGGUGAGAAGUUGACGGCGCGGGAGGAACGGGAGGAGCUGCUCCGGGUCGGGACGGUCCUGACUGGUUUCGGGGAGGUGGUUCUGGAGAGGGAUGGGGCGAUGAGGCUCCAGCCGCCGCGGGAUGGGCGGAGCUUCAUCCUCCUGCCGGGAGAUCACCGCAGCUUCAUCCGGAGGCACGAGAACACGGCGGGGAUGUGGAAGGGGCUGACGGCGCUGUUCAGCAUCACCGGGUCCACGCUGCUCGCCGCCUUCGUCUACAGCGCCGUUAACAACGACAACAGGAGGAGAUAGCGCCCCCUGCAGGACGUCCCAAUUAUACCAUAUUAGCGCUGGUCUGGGGUGAUGUGUUAGCGUUAGCCAUACCGCUAAAUUAAACGAUAAAUUAAGAGAAAUAUUCGUAUUUUAAGAGCUGGUUUGGGACAAUAGGGUGGCGAUAUAGUAACAUGUUAGCGUUAGCCGUACCGAAAUGUGUGGAAAUUAAAGCUGAUUUUUGAUGAUAUAUCCAUAAAGGCGAUGUGUUAGCGGUAGAGUUAGCCUUAGUGAUAAAAAUUAGAGGAAAAAUAUUUUUUUUCAGUAUAAUUAUUUACAUUUACAGUUGAAAACCGAAAGUGCUUUUUUUGCUAUUUUUGCCUAGUUGCCAAAUAUUGCACAGUAAUGUUUUACAGUAAAACUACAGAUUACACUUGAAUAAUCGACUGCACACGGAAUAAUGGAGGGAAAGCUGAUUUUUAAAAUUACACUACUUUAUUAAAAUGUGAAAAAGAAUGGAAGAUGAUCAGUUCAAAUAUUGAUCAAAGGGAAUUAACUGACUAAUCAUGUGACUUUAUUUUUGUAUUUGUGUUUUUUGCUGAUAAAAUAAACUGUAUUUGAUUUAUUAAUUUA